AUGGCCGAGUUCGUCAUCGCGCGCUACGACGAGCCGCUCGGCUGGCUCUCUGAGCUCGAGCCGGCGGCGGUCACCGUCUACAACAAGGGCGACGGCCCGUGCGGCGGCGGCGGCGCUCGCUUUGCCGAGGUGCGCUGCCCCAAUGUGGGCCGCGAGGGCGAGGCGUACCUGCGCCACAUCCUCGACCGCUACGAAAGCCUGCCGACCGUCACGGUCUUUGCGCAGGCCGACAUCACCGACCACCUCGCCGCCUGGACCGCCUUCGGAACCCGGUGGGGCGGCGCCCGCUUCCGCACCAAGGGCGACUUUUUGCGCCACCUCGCCGCGCAGGCCGCCGCAGAGGGCAUUUCCGAGCCGACCGAGGUGUUUCCGAAACGAGGGUUCCCCGGUUUGUCACGCGCGAGCACGAGCGUGACACUGCACUUGGCGGGUUGGCGCCGAGCGCCCGCGGCUCAGACCUUGUGCAAGCCGUAG